UUAAGAUAAGAAAUCAUAAAUUCAGUCAGCACACUUAUAAUUAUAUUGUUCCAUAUUCAUCUACAUUUUAACUUAAAGGAAUUGUUCAGUUUAAAGAAGUAAAACAAACGGGAGAUGUUGAAAAUUUUGUGUUUAUUAAGCGUUGCACUGUCAGCAAACGCUCUCCAGGACUGCGACUAUGAUGGUACAAUCCACAAAAGUGGUGAUCGUUUCCCAUCUAGUGACGGCUGCAACAACUGUUUCUGUACAAAUGGUGCUGUAGCUUGUACCCUUAGGUUCUGCUUACCAAAAGUCACGUGUAACUAUGGAAACCACACGUACCACGAAGGAGAAUCUUUCAAGGCACUAGACGGUUGCAACACAUGUGGGUGUCAUCAGGGUAUGAUAAUAUGCACUGAGAUGUUCUGUUUACCAGUGGAAAAAGUUCCUGAAAAUGUUUAAAUGAUAUGGAAAAUAAAAACCAAAAUAAACGACUCUACUUCUA